AUGACCCUUCCACAGUCUUUCGGAUGGAUUGGCCUUGGAGCAAUGGGCUACCCUAUGGCCAUGAACCUGCGAAAAAGGAUUCCCACAGACAGUAUCCUUCUGGUAAACGACGUAGACCGAUCUGCUGUCGAGCGGUUCAUACGGCAGUCUAGCGAAUUCGGAAGAGUGGUGGAGGCAGCUACGGCUAGGGAUGUCGCUGAACAGUCGUCGUGUGUGUUCACUAUGGUGCCGGAAGGUCGUCACGUAAAGGAUGUCUUCCUGAAACCAGGAAUGGGGAUACUGGCUGCGAACACAGCAGGGAAAUUACUGAUAGACUGCUCAACCAUUGAUCGUGCCUCUUCCAUCGAGGUCGCCGAAGCCGUCAAAGCAUUGUCAGACGUACGCAAUCCGACGCGAUUCUACGACGCGCCAGUAUCUGGCGGGACACUUGGUGCAGCAAAGGCUACGCUGACUUUCAUGGUGGGCAUCGCUGCAGACGACCCAAACUUUCCAACCCUCCGCGACUUGCUCUCAUUGAUGGGAGGUGCGAUCCACCCCAUGGGGGGACAGAGCCUCGGCUUAGCCGCUAAAUUGAGCAACAACUACAUCUCGUCACUCAACGCGCUUUCUACUGCUGAGGGGAUGAACCUCGCUAUACGCCUUGGCUUAGAUCCAAAGGUUUUCAGUAACGUCAUGAAGACGAGUUCUGGUGGGAGUUACGCCAAUUCAGUGUACAAUCCUGUACCGGGUGUAUGUCCCGAAGCUCCAUCAAGCAAGGGUUACGAGGGAGGGUUCAAGAUACAACUCAUGAAGAAGGACGUCGGCCUAGCGAUCGACGCUGCACGACAAGUUGACGCGAAGGUCGUUCUUGGGCUUACAGGUUUGGGGGUGUAUUCGGCAGCAUCAGAAGACCCGAGAUUCCGUGACAAGGACGCUCGCAUUGUAUAUAGAUGGUUGGACGGUAUUGAGCCCAAGUUGUGA